UUCUCACUGCAAUCAAGAAGAAAAGAACAGCAGUCCACGGCAAGACCGGGCUAUUGAAAAUCCCACAGUAUUGAAAAGAUAUUUGAUUGCUGAAAUAAAAAGCAUAGAAAUGUUUCAAAGAGGCGAAGAGGUUACAGUCAUUGCACAAAUCAAUAAUCUAAACUAUCAUGCAAAUGGAUCCAUACGAGAGAAAAAUCUAUACACUGCAAGCCUACAAAACAAAAGGUUCAUGUAGAAAAUACUACUUUGGACGGAGAGACACUACUUACAGUCGGUACAAGGCUUUCUUUUUAGAUCAUCAGGGUCAAGCUGUGGCCAAUACAGGAAAAGAAGUAAAAGCAACCAGAUCAGCUACAGAGUUGUAGCAUCGUCCAAGCUAGUACAAGAUUAUUUCUUGUAACUAAAGAUGUCAUGGCUUUUGCCCUCUUAAGACAUGAAAGGAUACUAAUAGUCGGGAUCAAAAGAACACUCUACAGCAAAGUAUAUAACACUAACAAAAACUUAACAUGAUUUGUAUUAAUUGACGUUUGCUUGGCUUAAAAAUAUGGCAACUUAAGAUCAAGCUAGUGCCAGUAACCAAAUGCCUGAUCUCAUGCCACUGAAAAUGAAAAUCUGCUAUGAGGCUUAAAAUUUUGUCAAGAGAAAGAGACUAAUAAUAGUGUGGCUGGUCAUGGGUUAUUUUGGCCGAUUAAUCUUACAAGAUGUUAGUUUCAACAACUCUUGUCCUUUACACUUCUUGGUGCUUGACCCUUUCAUCUCCACUCACCAGUCUCCACCAUGACAAAACCCAAAGCCAGUCCAGAUUCAAGUUCUCUGCUGUUAAGGAAAAAAAAUCCACUAACAUCAUUGUCCCGUCGCAGUUGAAAAAUACACCACUGGAAUAAGUAUUCUUUCCACUAAUGCUCGACUCUUGACUCCACCGUGUCUUUUACUGCCAUGACCGGACCACUGAGCACCCAUCUUAUAAUUACAGUAUCUGCAUCUGCAAGCUCCCCAACCUCUUCAGUUCAUCAUGCAUCUCCUUGCAUAUUUCGCCUUGCUCCUCUUCCUAUGCAUCCAAGCAAGUUCUGCUGCUACGAACACUAUCUUGGCUGGCCAAGCACUUGUUGUCAAUGACAAGCUCGUCUCCAAGAAUAACAGGUACGCGCUUGGCUUCUUCCAAACAAGUAGCAGCAAAUCAUCCCAAGACACCAACUGGUACCUGGGCAUAUGGUUCAAUACAGUCCCUACAGUAACUUCUGCAUGGGUUGCGAAUAGAGAUAAACCAAUCAAGAACAUUGCCUCAAUGGAGCUCACAGUCUCCCAGGAUGGCAACCUUGUGAUCUUGAACCGGUCCACCAAGUCCAUAAUCUGGUCGACAAAGGUAAACAUCACGAGAAAUAGCACCACAGCAGUGCUGUUGAGUAAUGGAAAUCUCAUCUUGACAAACUCUUCAAACUCAUCCGAAGUUUUUUGGCAGAGCUUUGACCACCCAACCGAUACAAUUUUCCCUGGGGCAAAGCUUGGGUGGGACAAGGUUAUCGGCCUGAAUCGCCGUCUUGUUUCUUCGAAAAACUCGAUCAGCCCAGCUAGCGGUGCGUACUGUACUGAGUUAGACCCCACUGGUGCCAGCCAGUUCUGGCUUGCACCAGUGAACUCCACAGUACCAUAUUGGUCUAGUGGUGCAUGGAACGGCAUAUACUUCACAUCAAUUCCAGAGAUGGCUGCCAAAUCUACUUUCAGUUCAAGAUUCGUCAGCAAUAACCAGGAGACAUAUUACUCAUAUAACUUAGAAGAUGAAGAUAUGAUUGCCCGCAUAGUACUUGAUGUCUCAGGUAGAUCAAAGGUGUUCAUUUGGUUGGAGGGCUCACAGGAAUGGACAAUGGUCUACGCACAACCAAAAGCUCAGUGUGAUGUCAAUGCAAUUUGUGGACCUUUCACAAUUUGCGAUGAUAACGCGCUUCAGUAUUGCAAUUGCAUGGAGGGCUUCACCAUAACAUCCGCUGAGGACUGGGAGCUAGAAGAUCGAACCGGUGGUUGCUCAAGAAAUACUCCGUUAGAUUGCAUUAGCAACAAAAGCACAACACGUACCACAGACAAGUUUUACUCUGUCCAAUGUGUUAAGUUUCCGCAGAGUGCCACAAAAGUAGAAGCUGCUGCAAGCACAGGUGAGUGCGCACGAGGUUGCCUGAAUAAUUGCUCUUGCAUCGCGUAUUCCUUCCACGACGGUGGAUGUUCUAUCUGGCAUAAUGAAUUGCUCAACAUAAGACAACUACAAUGUGGUGGCACCACCAAUUCAAAUGAAGAAACUCUUUACCUUCGCCUUUCUGCUAAAGAUUUCCAGCGAUUAGAAGACAACAAAAAAAGGAUUGUUAUUGGAGUUGCAGUUGGCGCAGGCAUUUCUGCCCUAGCAUUAUUUGCACUCAUUCUCCUGCUACUGUUUUGGAGAAACAAAAGGAAGAACUCUGGCCGUAGACUGCAUGGUGUUCAAGGUUGUAAUGGAAUCAUCGCAUUUAGAUACAAUGAUUUAAAAUGUGCAACAAAUAAAUUCAAGGAUAGGUUGGGGGGAGGCAGUUUUGGUUCUGUAUUCAAGGGGUUAAUAGAUGACUCAACUGCCAUAGCAGUGAAGAGGCUUGACGGUGCAUAUCAAGGAGAGAAGGAAUUCAGAGCAGAAGUGAGCUCGAUUGGAGCUAUCCAGCACAUCAAUUUAGUUAAGCUUGUUGGUUUCUGUUGUGACGGUUCUAAGAGGUUGCUUGUUUAUGAACACAUGCCAAAUCGCUCACUGGAUGUCCAUCUAUUUCGAAACAAUUCAACGAUAUUGAGUUGGACUAUUAGAUAUCAGAUAGCCCUGGGAGUUGCCAGAGGGUUAGCCUACUUGCAUGAGAGUUGUCGGGACUGCAUCAUACACUGUGAUAUUAAGCCAGAAAACAUACUUCUCGAUACUUUAUUCGUUCCCAAAAUUGCAGACUUUGGGAUGGCAAAGCUUUUCAGAAGGGAUUAUAGCCGAGUACUGACUACGAUAAGAGGAACUAUAGGGUACCUUGCACCUGAAUGGAUUACUGGAGUUGCCAUUACACCAAAAGUUGAUGUGUAUAGCUAUGGGAUGAUGGUGCUGGAAAUAAUAUCUGGAAAGAGGAACUCAUGCGCACCAUGUUCUAGUGGUGGCAACCUUGAUAUUUUUUUUCCUGUGCAUGCCGCACAUAAGCUUCUUGAAGGAGACGUCGGGAGUUUGGUAGAUCACAUGCUACAUGGUGAUGUCAAUCUGGAUGAGGCCGAACUGGCUUGCAAGGUUGCAUGUUGGUGCAUCCAAGACAAUGAGCUUGAUCGACCAACAAUGGGACAUGUAGUUCAGAUCCUCGAAGGGCUGGUUGAGAUCGGGAUGCCCCCAUUACCAAGUCUGCUCGAAUCUAUGACUGGAAGCUCGCACUCAGCUCGAUCCUAAUCCUUUUGUGGUUUCGCUUACCGGAAACUAGAUGGAUUCCAUGUCCAGAUGUUACAUGGCAGAUGUGUAUAUUUAUAACUGCAUAUAUAUGUACUAUUCAAAUGUAGUGCCUAUGAUUGGAGAUGCAGCACCAAUCUGGUAGUUUGAAUAAAAGCUGUAAUGGUGCCUUUAGAUAUAUGUAUUCCAUACAAUAAAGUUGUAAUGGU